GCAGUUUACUGACAGUUCAGUCCAAGUAUCCAAAUACAUAACAAAUAAGGAAGUAAAACAAUAACAAUGAGGUCGCUAGUCGCCCUUGCCGUGCUAGCAUGUGUUGUAGUCGUUUCUACGGGUCGAGAAGUGGAGCAGGAAGACUUGGUGGCUGCAGCCAGCCAUCACGGUCACCACCACGAAGAAGGCGGCGGCAAGGAGCACCACGCUCACCAUCACCACGAACACGGUGAAAAAGGACACAAAGGUCAUAAAGGACAUCAUCACCACCACAAGGGGGAAAAAGGACACCAUGGCAAACACCACCAUGAGGGACACCACCACGAACACGGCGGCCAUCAUAAGAAACACUGGGAUGAACAUGACCACCACGGCAAACACCAUGAGCAUGGACACCACCACAAGGGCGGCAAGCACCACCACAAGAAACAUCACGAUAAGGGAGAGGAAGUAGAGGGUUACCACAAGAAGUACCACAAGGACGAGUACCACAAGGACCAUCACUUUUACGAUGACCACCACAAGGAAGGCAAGCAUCACAAACAUGGCCACCACCACGGACACCACGAGAAACAUGGUGGACAUCACAAGAAGGGAGGUCAUCAUCAUUCCGGCCACCAUGAAGGCCACCACGGCAAACACGGCCAUCACGACAAGCAUCAUUAUGACGAGGACCACAAGGGACACAAGGGACACCACGGACACGAAGAACACCACCACCACCACCAUGAUCACGGCAAGAAGGGAGGCCACGAGGACCACAAACAUUGGGGAUUCCACCACGGCAAGCACUGAUAUUAUUACUGUUAAGAUUAUGUUACUGAAUAUUUUGUUACUUAAUGCAUUACCUCUUUGUAAAUAAAAUAAGCCAAUU